AUGAGACACAAUCUGGUGUGUCAGACACCUCCCACUGUCACUGUUCAUGUAAAAUCAAGUGCAUCCAGAUCACAUCAGCAAAAAAACCUUAUUAGACUAAAGCGGCCUACUUUUAAAGACCAUGAAGAAAAUUGUGAAAAAAAGGUUCCUAGUCAUAAAUAUAAAUGUCCAAAGGGACCAUGUCUAGUUAUUCAGCGUCAGGAAAUGACAGCUUUCUUUAAAUUAUUUGAUGAUGAUCUAAUCCAAGACUUCCUUUGGAUGGACUGUUGCUGUAAAAUUGCAGACAAGUAUCUCUUGGCAAUGACUUUCGUUUAUUUCAAGAGGGCUAACUUCACAAUAAAUGACCAUACCAGAAUCAAUUUCUUUGUUGCUCUGUAUCUGGCAAAUACAGUUGAAGAAGAUGAUGAAGAAUCGAAGUACGACAUUUUCCCAUGGGCUUUGGGAAAAGCCUGGAGAAAGCUCUUCCCUGAUUUCUUAAAGUUAAGAGAUCACCUCUGGACUAGAAUUGGCUACAGGGCUAUUGUAAGCAGACGCUGCUGUGAAGAGGUGAUGGCUAUUGCUCCAACACAUUAUGUAUGGCAGCGAGAACGUUCUAAGUACCACUGUGGAGCUGUGAGAAAGUACAACAAUGAUGAUGAUGUACAGCUGCCCCGAGGACCUAGUGCUACUCCUACAGACUGCUUGCUUUGUGGUAAGAAGGGAAGAUUUGUACGACUAGGAUUAUCAUCUUCUUCCUCCUCAUCUGUGGGCACUUUGGAGAUGAUGGAACCACAUCCAUCUCAGAAUUUGAAGGACACCUUUCCAACUGAAAAAAUGCUUGUUGACUCUCCUAUUUAUUAUGCCCAAGACUGUCAGAGCCUAUCCUGCAAAAGGAGACAAGGUAGCACCUUGAACCAAGACAAAUCCAUGGAUUGGUUUACAAGCAAUGAAGAAUGA